AUGACGAUAGUGGCGAUUCAUGAAAUCGAGGUCACCAAUCUCGCUGUGGCUUUGCAUUCCAGUGUCCAGGAUGGGCUCGCCGCCGACUUCGUCGCCCUGACCAAAACGCUGUACGAUUUCCACCACGCCCUUCGGGGUGAGCCCAUGGCCGGAAGCCCUUUAAAAGAGCUGGUGAUCGAGAACUUCGACGAAGAGCAGAUCUGGCAACAGCUGGAGCUCCAGAAUCGCGCCGUCCUCGGGCCCUUGAAGAAAGCGGUCACCAGAAACGUGGCGGACGAGGGAAAGGGGCUGCUUUCCCUUCUCCCAGAUGCUGGGGAGGAUGAGUCGGGGCCAGGAGACGGCGAGGAGGGGACCGACGUGGAGGACCAGGCAGAGGAGGAGUCCAGUGACUGCAGCGAAGAGGAAGGCGAGCCCGGCAGAAAGAGGGGCGGUUUCGGAGCAGCCAAAAACAGCACUUUCAGUGACGAGGAUUCUGACCUGGACUUUGAUAUCGAUAAGUUAGAGCAGCAAACGCAAAAGUCAAAGAGCGUUAUGAAAAAGAUGGGGGAGGAGUCCCUGGUGGACGACAGAUUUUUCAAACUCUCUGAGAUGGAGGCUGCUUUGGAGGCAGAGGAGAAAGAAGGGAACAGAGAUAGUGACAGUGAUGGAAUCGAUUAUUUUGAAGAGAUUCUCUCUGAAGAGGAGGAGUUUGGAGCAAUGAAAAAGAAGAAGGCAAUUAAAAGCGCACGCGAUCUUAAAUAUCAAGAUUACUUUGAUCCUGUGGAUGACAGCAGCGGUCCCAUGGAUGAACAGGAAGAUGACCAAAAUGACCAGAGUGAAGAAGAGGAAAGGGAAGAAGAAGAAGAAGAUGGCCCUGAGAGUAUUCCCGAGGACACUGAGGACAUGGGUGAAAUCAGCCAGAUCGAAAGCGGAAAAAGCAAAGAGGCUUCGAAAAGAGUGACUUUCACCUUGCCCUUUGACAGUGACAUGGAAGAAGAAACUCACGUGUUCCAGGAGAAAUCCAACAAACCCCCUGGAAUGAAAUCUUCCUUUGAGAAAAGACAGGAAAAGAUGAGUGAAAAAAUUAAAUCCCUUGAAGAGGAGUUGCUGGUGGAGAAGCCGUGGCAAUUGAAAGGCGAAAUUACGGGACAGAAGAGACCAGAGAACAGUCUUCUGGAGGAAAUGGUGCUUUUUGACCACGCAGUCAGAAUGGCUCCUAUGAUCACAGAAGAAACAACUCUUGAGCUGGAAGAGAUUAUCAAGAGAAGGAUAAAAGAUCAGGCUUGGGACGAUGUUGUCCGCAAAGAAAAACCCAAAGAAGAUCCAUUUGAGUAUAAGAAGCGUUUGACUCUGGAUCACGAGAAAAGCAAAUUGAGUCUUGCUGAAAUUUAUGAGCAAGAAUAUUUGAAGCUGAACCAGAAAAAAACUGAAGAGGAGGAAAAACCGGAGCAUGUAGAAAUACAGAAAAUGAUGGAUUCUCUCUUCGUCAAGCUGGAUGCCCUGUCCAACUUCCACUUCAUGCCGAAACCACCUGUGCCAGAAGUUAAAAUAGUUUCCAAUCUCCCAGCAAUAACCAUGGAAGAGGUGGCUCCUGUGAAUGUUAGCGAUGCGGCUCUUCUGGCUCCUGAAGAAAUUCAGGAGAAGAAGAAAGGCGGGGACGUGAAAACGGAUGCCGAAAAGACCCCCACCGAUAAAAAACGGGAUCGUAGGAAAAAGAAGCUGAUGAAGCGCGUGAAAGUGAAGGAGAGGGAGAGGCGGCAGAAACUCCUGGAGAAGAAAUUGGAGCCGAACGCCAAGCUAAGCAAAAAAGCAUCAGAAGUACAAUUGAAGAAGCUGACCAAGGAAAGGGGAACCUCUUUGCUUAAGGACGAGGGCAGAGAGAAGGCUUUGAAGUCGUCCAAGGCGUUCUUCUCUCAGCUGCAAGAUCAAGUAAAAAUGCAAAUUAAGGAGUCGAAGAAAAGCACGAAGAGACCAAAGAAGCAAGAACUCUCAGCCCAGAAGCUAAAGCUAUAAUAAAUUAUGCAUGCCCUACUUUGUAUAAAUUAAAAUAAGGGUUGGGGGUGGUGGUGUUUUUCUUAAUUUAAAACUCUGCUUUAAAUCAAACUGUUGAUGAGCAUAGGUGUGUGCCCUUGCACGGAGCGCCACUGCUCUUGAAGUCAUUGCUAUAUGUAGGGGUGUCCACGCUGCCAUCUUGACCUUUUUGACCACGCCCGGCGGUCACCUCGGGCUACUCGUGAUUCAGAGCAUUUCUGUGUCAAAGGGACGAAGGAAUUGGGGGGUCACCAGAAACCUUGGGAGCGGUCCCAAGGCUGACUCUACGGCGCCAUCCUCUAGCCGGGCAGAUUUUUUCAGGCUCGUUUGUUGUGGCUGGUUUUUGAAAGACUCACCUGUUCUUUUUGCGGGCCAUAAAUUGUUUUAAUUCCUCUAUUUAAAAAAAAUACAACAACAGGAAGACAGCUCAUAAAAAGAGCUAAUCCACAACUUCAUCAUAAUAUGUAAGUUCCUGCGAUUUAAGUCUUUGACCCCAACAUUUUGUAGUCCUGAGGAAUCUUAUCCUUAUUUACUAAUAAAAUCUGUAAAAGGAUGUCACCUACCUUAAACAUCUUUCCCAUCUACAUAUCCUUACAUAUAUGUUGUUAUAUGUGUGUAUUUUUUCCAGAGGUACCAUUUUACCAUAUUUAAGGGAUGGGGUGAUGAUUCCCUUUUUAAUGUGCAGGUUCAUAUUACUUAAAGAAAACCUUGGGGGUUGACGGACUUUUACUUUGUUUUUUUUUUAACAUCUUACAGCAAAAUACGGUUUGUGUUUCUUCAGGUCGUGAUUGCCACUUAGCAGCACUAGGGCCAGCCCUGUCUGGGGUUGGAAGUGAACUAGGCUGGGUCUGAUCAGCGCUGCUCCUGAUGACCUGCUGGCUGGGGAAUUCUGGGAGUUGAAGUCCACCCAUCUUAAAAGUUCCCAAGGUUGAGAAACUAGAAACAUGCUUUGGAGUGAAACCGUUGAUUCAGGUCGUUUUUAUGCUGAACAGAAUGUAUAUUAAAUAAGUGUAUAAAUUCUCAUUUUUUAAGUCCCAUCAGGGGUUGUGAUGGGAAGCUUAAGAUAUUCAUCUACCCUCCGUUCCACACUUCUGAUUGCUUUUGUUGGAGGCUGUAAAACAUCUGGAAUAUUAGGGGUUUGGGAUAUUUGUUCCAUGGCCAAGAGGAAUAGGAAAAAGUGGUUUAUUUUUUUUUUUU